GAUUUUGUGUCCCCAGCGAUGAGCAGCAGCAUGUCACGUAAACGCAGUCAUGCAGAAGCUCUGGUACCAGCUGUGGAUAAAAAACAUGAGUACCCAAUAGCACCCAUUGCACCACCACUUAAAAAACCAAAGAAAGCUGUAACUAAGUCAUCAUCCACCAACAUGAAGCGAUCUCAUCAGCGGGCAUUUCCUAACGAGGCUCUUCGUAUUGGGGAGAGGGAAAAGCCAGAAGUGGCUACCGAAUCCCUUGCCAACCUCGAGAAGGAUAUGACUAUAUGUAAACCAGCACCAUUUGCUGAAGAUGAAGAAGGUGUGAGGGAAAGAAAUGCAUGCAAUUACAACGUAAAAAUCACACAAGAAAUGGCGAAGGCUGGACUUGCGCCAAGACCCAUCAGAGUUUAUGCUGAUGGCAUUUAUGAUCUCUUCCAUCAGGGUCAUGCAAGGCAGCUGAUGCAGGCGAAAAAUUUGUUUCCUAAUGUUUAUCUUAUUGUUGGAGUAUGUAAUGAUGCCCUCACUCAUAGUCGCAAAGGGCGCACUGUUAUGUCUGAAGACGAACGGUAUGAAGCUGUUCGGCAUUGUCGCUAUGUAGAUGAAGUGGUUCCUGAUGCACCUUGGACAUUAGAGGAUGACUUUUUAGACUACCAUAAGGUUUUAUUUGUCCACUCCGAUAGAUUUUGUAGCACAUGAAACGAUAUUCCCUAUACCACGGGCAGUGCAACAGAUGUAUAUGCUCACAUUAAAGCCCGUGGUAUGUUUGUUGUUACGGAAAGAACAGAAGGAGUUUCAACAAGUGACGUUGUGUCCACGUAUAGUCAAGAUUACGAUGUAUACGUCAGAAGAAAUUUAGCGCGAGGCUAUAGUGCAAAGGACCUGAAUGUUUCAUAUAUUAGUGAGAAGAAAUACAGACUUCAGAACAAAAUUGAUGACCUUAAGAAGAAAGGGAAGGAGAUGAUUGAGGACAUGGAGGGAAAACGCACAGACCUCAUUGCCAAAUGGGAAGAGAAAAGUAGAGAGUUUAUUGAUACUUUCCUAAUGCUGUUUGGUCGUGAUGGUAGGCUUACUCAGUACUUGACAGAAAAAAAGGAUUCAGUUCUAAGUGCCCUGUCCCCUCCGUCUUCACCUAAGGCCAUUAGUCAGUCAUCUGAGGACUGUAAUAGUCCGCCAGCAAAAUCCACAAAGUUUGAUUUUUCUAGUCCAAGUCGUUCAGGUGCCUCUUUGAUAGAUGACGAUUAUUCUGAUGACGACUAUGAAAGUGCAUCAGCGUGAAGGCUGUGAGCAAUUCAUUUUCUUAUUUUGUUUAUUCUUCAGUUUUCAGUGUUCUUUUCUACUCCAAUGGCAAAAAUCUUAUGGACACAAUACUAUGCUUAUUAUACUUGUUAUCGUAUAUUACAGUGCUAGGCUACUAUUAGUUAACCUUUCAGUUUUGCCCUUUUGCUGCUUCUCUGCAUAGGUAUACAGUUUAGGGAAAUAGUUUUCUACUUUUUCUUAUUACAUAAUAUUCAAAGCACUUAUGUAGUCUAUCUUUUAUAGUUUCAUCAGUGUUAUAUGAAACAAUAUGAAGCUUUUUCAAGAGACUCCUAGCAAUACUGCUGAACACCUUGUCCUAAUCCUUUUACGACUUAUCAAUAUCAUAUUAUAUACUUGACUGCAGAAUUGUUUGGUAGCUCAGAUAUAUAGCCCAUAGGAUUUCUUUCUUCCUUUAGAUGUUAAUAGUGAAAUACACUUGAAUCAAUAAAGGCCUUACAUUACUUGGAAUUAACCAUUUAUGGAUAUAUACUCAUCUCCAGUGUAGACAGUUUUACUGUGUCAUGAAUAAAAUUUAAAUGUUUUAAAGGUAUGUAGCUUUUUGAAGUACACAAGCUUCAGUAUAAAAGUAUAUUUUAGUUGUAAUGUCAGAUUGUUUAUAGGAUAGAUGGAAGGAUCAGUAUAAUCUAUGAAUGAAUUGCACCAAUUCAACCUAUGUAUCAGACGUCCUACUUUAAUUACCAUGUGUUUGUGCACUGACUUGUAUCUCUGGUAAACUUAAGUGGCAAUGGACUAUAUGUCACAUGUAGCCAAGAGUUCUUUCUUUUGAACCAUUUAAUGAAAUGGAAAUGUUUUAGAUUGCAUUUUGUUAAAAUUGUAAUGAAAAUAUUUUACAUUUUCACUAGUACUGUUAUCAAAUAUUAGAAAGGCCAGUGGAAUGCAUUUUUAUAGAUAAAACUUAUUCCACUGUGAAUUCUAGUGCAUGUAUAGAAUGAAUAUCAAGUAAUAGAAGAGGCUUAUUAUACCCAUUGUAAUGAAUACUUUUAAGAAAGAGAAAGAUUUAUUUUACCAUAAGUACUGCUUUUUAUGCUAUUCACCAGUGCUUAGAGAUAUACAGGUCAGACAAGUUUGGAAAAACAGCUAAAGUUUUCCUUGUGUUCUUAUAAAGUGGAGAAAAAUUCAGGUAUUAGGAAGUAGUUUACUUACCAUUCAGUUUGUGUCUAUGUUUGCAAAUCUAUUUGGGAGGAUAUAAAGCUACUUGUCAGCCACUAAAGGAAUUGUCAACAGGAAAGGAGUGUUUGCAUCAGUUAUAAAAAAAAAAAAACUUAACGUAUCAGGAUUACAUUAUUUAGGGGCUAAAUAGUAUCAUUUACUGCCUUAAUCAGUUGCAGAUAUAUCUUAACUUAUGUACAGCAAUUUACAGCACUAUUUAAUACAAAAAGGUUCAUUUUUCUUUAUGCACCUAAUAUGGUAUCAUUUAUGUUGACCAUUAAUUUUAAACAAUGAUGACUGAAAUGCAUGGAAGUUACUAAAGGGAAUAGAAUAUCUUUAAUACAUUGUGGUGAUAGGUUUUGUCUUUUUUAAUAAAAUACUGAUGAAGGAGUAGUACAUACAGUAUCAAUAACAUGAAGAGUUGGGGUCUUGAAAUUUUCAUAUCUAUUCAGGCUCAUGUAAUUAAGGUCAUUCCUUGAUAUAUUUUAACAUUUCACUCUGAUUAUUAGUUUGAAAGUCACCUUGCUGUUGUGAUUUCAAAUGGUUUUUUGAAUAGUAUUCUUUAGCCAUAAGAAAAGUUUCAAGACAGCUUCAUAAUAAUUUCAGUAAAGGCAAAUGUUUUAACUUUUAAUAAUCCAUCUGGAACAGUCUUUUAGCCAUUGUACUCCCCUAAGUAAUCACCAUGUUUAGUUUAGAUUUCUCAUAAUCAUGAAUUUGAUGCUACAGUACUCAAAACAAAUUGUAGAAAUGAAUGUGAAAUUAAUUUUCACUGGGAAAUUGUUGUAUGUAUGUAAUCGGGUAAGAAAAUUGAACUGGUAGAAUCACUGCGUUGGUAUGCAGUCAUUUCCAGGUGUAAUCUCAUCUUUGCAGAUAUAGAAUGUAAUCAACAAGAAACAGAUAUAGAAUGUAAUCAACAAGUAACUAAAUCCAUGCAGUCUGUACAUGUCUUUUUACAUGCAAAGUACUUUUUACCUCGGUAUUUGUUGCUAUUAUUAAGAAUGCAGUCUAGCUUUUGGUGGGAAACAUAACUAAAUAUACAAUUUUUAAGAUAAUGGGCAGCUUGGAGAGAUCUUGUCUUUUUUGACAUAAAUAAUGAGUGAUAAUAAUAAUAGUAAUAGAUGUAGUAUGCAGAAUAAAUUUUAUUGGAGAAAGAAAUUUGCCUCUUGGUUAGAAUAUGUCUUUUACUUUAUCUUAAUUUUAUUUUAGACAAGGGGGUAAAUGCAAAAAUUUUUUUUAUUUUAGAUGAAAGUGUAAAUGCUAAAAUUGUAUGGACAAACCCUAUAUCGAUGUAACUGAUUUAACAAAUGAAUUUUAAAACAGUAAGUUGAAUAUCAUGCAAAUGCAAAACACUUAUAAUGGCAAAUUACACUGUGCUGUUUGCAUAUGAAUGCAUCAGCUAUGCAGAUCCUGAUUUAUACAGUACAUAGCAUUGUAAAUCAUUUCUAGAUCAUUUAUGCUACAGUACCCAAGACAGUGUAUAGCAGUAAAAGCAGUCCCCGGUUAUCGGGGGACUCGGUUGAUGGCGAUCUGGAAAAUCGGCGAUUUAUGGCGUCAUAACGGGCCAAGUUUCGGUUAUCGGCCCCACAAGGUGCUGAUAAUAGAGUUAUGGUGCCAUAACAUACCUAACAAAGGUGCCGUUAAUCGGUUAUCACAGCCAUUAACCAAAACUUGGCACCAUAAACCUCCAAGUUUCGGUUAAUGGCAGUUUUUGCUUAUCAGCACCCUGCCGAGAAUGGAACCCCCGCCAAUAACCGGUGACUGCCUGUACUAUGUAACAAUUAUUUUUCCUGUCUUGUUUAAGGAAUAAUUAAAGAAUAUGUACAUAUUCAUUACUGAACAGCUAUCAUAGCUCUAAUGUGUGUAUACAGCACAUUAUCCUGAUGUUUUCUUGUGUUUAGGCUGACUAAUACAGCUAAUUAUAGUAUUUACUCUAUAUAUCUCUCUCAUUUUAAUUAAUUACAUAAUAAUAAAAUUUCCUAAAAUAGCCUGUCAUUAUAGUGUCUGUAUCAGUCAUAUUUAUUUAACAGUGCACUAGUAGUGUUCAUCAGUAGUUGUAAGUUACGAUAUGUCGCAAUUCUGAGUUCAGUUUGGUAUAAUGGAGCAGCAUAUCACAAGUAAGGUGGUAAUGGUAACAUACAAUGCUAAUGCUCUCUUGUAUUGAAUUGAAUUGGUUCUUUCGUAAGAUUUUUGGUGUGUAAGGACACACAUACACAGCAGAAUAAAAUUUUGUGUUUUGGAACAUCUAGCAUUUCUCUUUUUAUAUUUCUCAUCAGCACCUGUUGGGGAGAUUACUAUUCACCCUUCUUCUGCUGAUUUGGCACUAGUGGCACAGUUGGCAAGGCCCAACAACCAACAAGGAUUCCCAUCCUAUUCAGAGAAAGUGGUGGGUUUGGAGACUCAUGGAUGCUACCAAAAGUAGGUUUUUCUUAUGGCAAAACCUGUUUUUGAUAGCAUAGUCACUUUUUUAUCAUCAAAGGAGCAUAUAAAAGAAAUUGGCAACUGAAAAUAUGGCCUAGCUCUUUAGAAAGGAAUUCCAGCUACCCAAAUGAAAAAAAAUCCAUGGUGAAGUCAUAUAAGGAAUUACCUUUUCUCUUAUAUACAUACAGGAUUCCUUUGAGGAUUUGUAAUGAAUAAAGAUGGAGAAAGAACCUGUAUGUAUGUCAGCUAUAUGACUCAGAGAUGACUUUUGUAACCAUUACUAGAUGGGAUGUAGGACAACUGCUCUGGACUGGGAAUAAUGUUUUAUUUGUAAUACUGUAGUGGGUUCCCGCAGAAGAAGAUGGGAUUUCCUCUUGAGUCGGUCUUAUUCUUGGCCAGGAAUGAUGUGCCAGUGGACGAGCAAUUGUCAAGUGGGUUAUGAAGCAGGAAUACCACUUUUUUGGAGCAAAUGGGUAUUGGUCAUAUUAGGAGCAAUGGAUUGAGAAGAUGAUGGGAAUCUAAAGAACCUUAGUUAAGGACAAGGGAAUUAGAGCCCUUACAGGAGCAGGUCUUUCAAGUGUAAGUGACUGGAAGGUAGAACUAAAGACUUUAAUAUUGGAGCCUGUGCCAAACACAUAGAACAAGGUCUUGAUAGUGCAGCCCUGUACAUCUUAACUAUCUUAGUGGCCAGGGUAUAUGUCCCCAAACAGAUGGGUCAGAAAAAGUCUUAUAGUAAUGGUUUCGGUAAUAAUUUCAACAUGUCUUUGUGUAGAGGUAGCUUAACUAUGCCAAGAAGUAAAUGAACAUAUCUUUCAUUGUGGCUCCCUUUAGAAGAGCCUUUUGAAGGUACUUCUCCAAGGAGGAGUCUGGUUGUUGGAAAAACUCCUUGAGAGUGGAGCUCAUAUUGUGAUCCUAAGGGGAGGGCUUCUAUUUUAUGUGGUGCUGCAGAAGGUGAUUCCCAACUUCCAGAUCCUUUUGAAUUUUGUCACUUGUCUCCUUAGUCAGCAUUCCAGGAGUUGCCUUUUCUUUUCCUCAGUGGGAACAUCUUCAUCCACCAUGAAAGGGAUGCUGUUGUUGAAGCUGUUGCUGCUGUUGCGGGAGGGAUCCUCUAAGGGCAACUGAAGUAUAUGGCUCCAUGUUGUACUGGGGCUUCUUGGGAUUGAGGAAGUGUGAGGUAUUGUUUCCUUGGUUCCAACUUAUGCAGCAGAGUAGAUGAUGUGCAGUUCUGUUUUCAGGUUCAUCCUAUGAGUUCUGUAACAACAGAGUUUUCAUAGAGAUCAUGAUGGAAAGGGGAGGAAUAUAACAGGAGGGUGACAUUGGGGAACAACAAUUUGGAGCCUACAGGCCAAUGGGUGUCCAUCCAUGAAAUCUUAGAGCAUUCUUAAUAAGGUCUGCAUGAAACUUUGAAGCCACAGGCAAGGUAGUCUUAGAAGACUUGGGGUUCCCUCAUAGUCACUUCCAGGGUAUUAGUAAAGAUUAGAUAGAGAGGAAGUGGAGCCUUGCAUGAAACUCAGAAGUGGCUAUCCCAGCUGAGAUUUUGCCUAUAGAGGCAUCAAACUGUGGCUUGCAUAUACUGUCCCUACUGACAAACAGCAGAUUCUGCAGUUUCCAGUGGAGUUAGCAACCUGGGGCCUAGUAUAUCAGCAGCCUUGUAUUAAAAAAAAUAAAAAAUUGGGAGAAACUGUAGAAUACGAGCCACGUAUAUAUAUGUCAGAUCUGUACUGGCAUGAAAUGGACCAACUUGGUUACUAGUACGUAACAGUGACAACUUGUUAAGAGACAAGCUCAGUAUGAAACAUUCUUUUAAUGAUAAUUAUUGGCAUCAUUCCUUUAAAUUAUGAUUAAGUCAGAGGUGCCAUUGACUUCUGGUUAAGCAGCCUUAGUGGCUGAUAUUCAUUGAAGUAGAGGUAUUUUGAUAAUAAUAUAGUAUUUAGUUUUUUUAUUAGGGAGCAUUUAGUUUUUUAUUAGCUUAAUGUCCUCCUGUAUUUGACUAAUAAAAUGGCUUGGUGACUGGUUUGGAGUUCUCUGGUGUACUUUUAUCUAAGGUCAUUAAUGUUACUGCUGACAUUUUUUAGAUGAUCAUACAUUAAAAUUUCAUUAUGACUUGCACUAGACUAGUUUAUUUUAUAUUGAAAGCUAGUUUAGCAAAUCUGAUUUAAAAUACCUCCCUCAUAUAUGGUUUAUAUUAUGUGGUACUAUAUUUUAAAUUAUUACUAGCUAGCAGUAUUGUUGUAAAAAAAAGUUCUUUCAGGUUUACAUAGUAUUUCUUAAAUGUGAAGACUUUGGUAUUUUAUAUUAAAAGCUGGCCUUGCAAAUCUAUUUUAAAAUACUAUAUAAAUGAGCUGUAUUGGGUAGUACUAUAUUUUGAGUUACUAUCAAGUAUCCGAAUUGUUUUAAGUAUCAGAAUUGUUGUAAAGAAUUUGUUUCUUCAAAUUUACCAGUACAUAUUUCAUAUGUACUAUGUAGGCUUUGGUAUUUUAUACUGAAAGGUAGCAAUGCAAAUCGCAAUUAAAAUACCAUUUAUAUACUGCAUAUUAGGGUAAUAUAUUUCAAAUUAUUUUUAACUAUAGAUAUCAUUAUACAAUUUUGAGUACAAUUUGUACAGGAGUAUUUCUUAUCUUUGUAGGCUAGGGUGUUGUACAAUGAAAUCUAGCCUAAAAAUUUAGAAUAAAUUAUCACAUAUGUAAUCUGUAUUAAGUGGUACUAUAUUUUAAAUCAUUAUGAACUGUCAUAUUUUACAAUUUUAAGAAAGUUAUUUGAUUAUUUCUUAUAUUUGUAGACUAGGAUAUUUUAUAUUGAAAACUAAUUUAGCAAGUGUACAUUGAAAUUCCAAAUUUAUGGAUAUGUAUUGGGUGAUACUUUAUUUGAAAUUAUUAACUAUCUAGCUAUAAUCACUUAGUGUGAUAAGUCCACUGGCUAAUGAAUUUUGCAAAAAUCAAAAUUAAAGUAUACCACCCAAAUAAUCUAGCAGAUUGAGUGGUAUUAAAUUUCAAAUUAUUAUUAGCUUUACGUUGGUAAAACUAAUAAAUCAUUCAAAUUAUUUGUUGAGUCAAAAUAACAUUUUGGGAAAAUAUUUGCAACAUCCCACUAAGGAGCUGUAAGAGAUUUGCUUAACCGGGUUAUAACACCCUCAUGGUGGAUGAGCAUUUGUGAAAGUAGAUCCAUAAGGUAGAUAGAUCUAAGUACGUAGUCAUGGAAAAACCUGAUAUUAAAUUGAACAUGGGGAAUAUUUUUCUGUAUAACCAAUAUCCUAUAACAUUUGUUUUAAUGAGAUGUAAGGAUAUACAUACUACUAUAUAUGUGGGGACUUUGCAAAUCUAGGUCAUACUUUCACAUAAUGAUGAAAUGAAAUGUUAGGCUAGAAAAGUAUUCUUUACAUCGUAAGCUAAAUUAAUAUAUUGAAAAGAAAAGUUAUGUCAACUGAAAACAUUUAGUAAUAACAUUUCUAAAGCAAAAGGGAAGUGAGAGAAGCAUGUUUCACUAUCCUAACAAUAGGGGAUACCCCAGUCAGAAUAAAGCUGAUGACAGCUUCCAAAAUACAGAAAUUUAAUGAAAUACAACCUAUUCAAGUAAAUUUUAAGACUGUGCACAUAACUUUCCUCAGCAGAUAAGGCACUACAUGUGCACAUAACUUUCUUCAGUAGACAAGGCACUACAAUUUAAACAAAAAACUAUUGGGUCCAAAAAAAUGCAAAUUUUUGCAAUGGCAGACCUAAAAGCAGUUGUGGAACUUGGCCAACAGUGCCCCUGUUGCCACAUCUUUUGAAGAAGGAUGGAUCAUAAUCUUCAGGGCAGUUGCUGUGGGCAGAAUGAAGAACCUCUCUGCCCUGAGUCUUUUCAUACUUCAUCACUCUGCCAAUAGUGAUGCUAUAACAGCUGGAACCAGCUGCUACAAUUUUGUAUAUUAGUUGAUUUGUCCUAUGGAUGCUCUGUGUGUAUAUGUAUGUAUGUAUGUGUGUGUGUGUGGAUAUUAUGUUUAUUUUGCACUAUUAUACAUGUAUAAUAGUACUAAUUGCAUUUUUUUCUACAUUUUUUGGAGUUUCAGUUUUCAGGGGGGAUGAAAGGGGUGUGAGUAACUUGAGAUUACUUUGAAAACCUGUUGUUUAAAAUUGAAAUUUGUUGGUAUCUAGAAUAAUUUUUGGUACUUCUCCUAAGCAUCAUGGUCUAUAGUAUUCAUAAUUGCUCUUUAACAGAAUAUUCAAAGAUAAUGUUUAUUUUGGUUUAAUUGUUAUUCAUAAAUUACAGAUUUCUUCAUAAUUUUUUAAGCAUAUAUCAGGAUAUCUGAUGUGUAGUGGUUGCAUUUUAUCAAUACAGUGCUAUAUACCAUUUGGAAUUGUUGGUAGUGCAUGAAAUAUAACUGCCAGAUUUUUAGCCAGUGCAUAGAAUUAUAUUCUUCCAUCUUCCCAUAAACAAAGGGAUAUUAAUUGAACCAGUGGUCAUAAGCAAGCAAUUGUUUUGCCAUCUGUGUGUAAGCAAGGAUUUUUGUAUGUCCAAUUGUCAUCAACAGGUGAGUAGAUUUAGUCUAUGGCCUUAUGUUUUUAAAGAUACUUCAUCAACUGUGGUUCAGCUGUUUGUUACUUGAUAGCUACAUCAUGCAUUCAUAGUUCUUUUAAUUCAGUAAGUAGAGAUUUGUGUUAACUUCAAAAUGUCAAGGGUUAUUUCUGAUUCAUACCAUGCUAUAUCUUAUUAUUAGGUCUUACUUGUUUGUGAUGUACAUAAUUUCUUUCAGAUUUCACACAAAAACUGUAUGACUCAUGAUUUCUAAGCUACUCCAUUGCUGAUUGGAGUAAUUUAAACUGAUGAAUAAUUUGCUUGGAGAUUUUUAGAAGUGUAGGUUAGGCAUUCAUGUUUAGAAAGCUAGUUAUUUGUACCUCAGAACACUGAUUAUUGUAUUGUGAUGUUUCUUCCAAGCCAGUGAAUAUUUUAGAAUAAAGUGCUGUGGUAUAGAGAUUAAGGGAUUAUCAAACUGUUUGCCUUUCUGAUUGAAAUAAAUACUGUAGUACAGUGUGGGAACAUACCCUGAAAUGUUUUUCUGUUAUUAGUUCUUUAAACAGCCACAUGUGAGUGUAAUCUUUAUUACUGAAGUACAGUAGAUGGGUAAUCUGUUAGCAGUUUAUUAUAUCAUUAUUUUCCUUGUAUAAAGUAUAUGUACUUGUGUAUGCAAUAAUUUUGUUAUUAUGUUGUGGAAAUAUUUUCAGGUAGAUAUUGUAAGGAUUUGUUCUUCACUUUGGUUUUCUCUCAUGUUUGUGAAAAGUUUUUUAUUUUAUAGAUUACCCAUUUGUUUUUGGAAAUCUCAUGAUCAGUAUAUUAGAAAAUUUUAACUGAAGAAUAUGUUAUAUACCAAGUUUUGGAAAUACUUCAAGUGAAAUUGUAGUGUCCAUGAUAGUAUUUAACUUUUAUUAACAUGGAAAAUUGAUGCUACCAGAUAAGUCUGGUUUGGUGCUAGAUACAUCUUUCAUGAUCAUUCACAUUGACUUCACACUCCACAUUUAGCAUUUAAAACAUAUUCAAGUUUUUAUUUUGAGUGUGUAGUCUUAUAGAGAGUGAUGUUUUUGUUAAGACUGUAAUAUAUUAGUUUUGUAGGUAGUUCAUAGUACAUACUGUAUGUACUGUUACAUUAAAUUAUCUGCUUUUUGUUUUACUGCAGAUAAAACUAGCACACUAUUUUUUUCUUUUUAUCUGGUUUGCAACUGCCAUCUUCAGGAUUAUAUUUUAGGCCUAUGACCAAGAAAUGUCUUAUGGAAUAGGAAGAAAGCGACUUGAACAACUUUAGAGGCAAAAAGUUAGAUUGCACAGUACUGCAGACAGCUAUUAUGUUUACUAUGUUGCUGCUAGAAAAAUUCAAACUUGUUUUUAUCAAGUAAAAGAAUAUAGCUUUGGAAGACUGUGGGUUCACAACCAGGUUUGGUUUUUUCUCAUCUGUUAUUGCAGGUUUUUUUUUCCAUUUUAUUUUGAUUACAGUUUUUGGGUCAUUGAAAAAUUCUGUUACUCGGAUGAUAAUUUUUUGUUAGUUUUUGUAAGACAUUGUGGGUUUGACCUGCUGUAUUGUCCAGUUAGUCUUAAGUUUUCAUAGAGUAGGCUCUCUAAUAAAAAAAAAGACAUUGGUAAAGCGUGCUCAUAACCCGUGACUCCUAACCCCUUGCUAUUGAUUGGGGACAUCAGAGAGAAACUUAUCUUAAUUUAUGUAAUUCGCUUCUCCAUGCUAAUAUAAUUGCUGUAGCUAUCUAUCUUGUUUCCCUCGAGUUUUAUUUUUGCCUGUCAAGACUGAUCUGAUAGUGAAACCCGUAUGACCUAUACUUAUAUUAUUGUUGAGAUUAUUAUUUGAACAUGGAGGAUGUGAUUGGAUAAGAUGCUUCAUUAGUUCUAGCCUGGAAAAGGGGAAGGCUUAAUGAAAUUUUGAUGUUACUACAUCAUAAAACAAAAUCUAGUGAGGAAAGAGGCAUAUAUAUCAGAGGAAUUAGUGAAAAGUGUUGGUGUCCAGUGAAGUUCAGCAAUGAAUCCUUUAUUUCAUAACAUAAUAUUAGAAGAAGCUACACUAGAUUCUAGAAGGGGAUGACCCUGGGAUCUACCAUAUACUGAGUAGAUUUAGAGGAAUUUUUAAAAAGAUGGACGAAUGGAAUGGAGAAAAGAGGAUUGAAAAGUACCAUAUUUCUUGGUGUUGAAGACACCGAUUUUAUUUUCUACAAAAAUUCUCAAAUUUACUGUGCAGCUUAGAGGCUAAAGAUUACAUUUUCUCUUGAUUCAGCCUUCACCCCAGAGGAAGGUUGUCUGCUAGACAGUAAUCAGAAGGUCAGUAGGUGACUUUAGAUUGAAGUGUGUAAGUUAUUCUUAGUUGAAAUAGCACCAUUAAAAAACAAAAACAUAUACAUAGUCAUGAGGAUUCAUUUAUGAAUCAGCAGAUUUCGGCAAACAGGUUAACAUAUGAGUAGUACCAUAAAUGUUAUAGUAUAUAUCAGUAUUUUUGCUCUUGUCGAACAGAUCUAACUUUAAGGGAACAUUAUGCCUACGAAAGCAAUAUUUUCGUGUGUUAAAAGGGUUUACUGGUAAAUCUUAUUAGAACAAGACUCAUAAUAAGAGUGGAAAUUUUGUAAAUAAGUUGCUUUUUCAUGAUAGUUUCUUCAGGAAUUCACAUAUGACUUUUUUUAUACUGCAACACCUUAUAAAUUAUUUUCAGGUUUUGAAGGCUAAAGUAUUUUUCCGUUUGUAAUACAGAAUCUAUAUUUUGUGGAUUUUAAUAUCUUAUUCUAUUUUUAUUUUGCUCUGUAUAGUAUGUUAUGUUCAUGCCCAAUUUUAACCGAGUGUAACUGUGCAAUAAAAUUUUACUCCAUGUUUCUAAUAUUUCCUGUUUUGAUAUGUAGUUUUUGAAAAUCUGAAAUAAAAAAAAUUUCUCCAUAAGCCAACAUCCAAUACCAUCAGAAUCUUAAAGUACUGCACCAUAUAUGCACUGAGACACUGUUGGCCAGGGAAAUUUUUUACACAACACAGCUAGACAUAUUUAUGCAAUGCACAUUACUUCAUAAUUUGGACAAGUUCUCACUUUGCUGGUAUUUCAACUAAAGGAAAGCUUAUUUAGAAUUAAGAUCAGUGAACUUGGAAAAUGAAAAAAAACAAGAAUUUAAGAAAAAAAAACUACAAUAAUCAGUAUUCUGUAGCAACCAUAGCAUCAUAAAUAAAUGCAUUGAGACAGUUGAAUGUGCACAUGUAAUAACCAAAACCAUCAGUGUGUGAGUGCUGCCACUAUAUUUUCUUUUAUAUUUUGUUUUCAAAGUUUGCUGGUCUAGAUUGGGGUGCAUCUUCAAGGGUGGCUUGUCUCAGAUGCCAUGAAAUACUGUUUUUCUGAGAAAAAUUGAGCUCAUAGGGACUGGAAAGAAAGGAGAGAAAAUAAGUACAGUGAGAAAAAUGGAAAUUUGUGUAUGGUGGGAAAGGUAGUUUGUAAUGAAUGUAACAAAUAAUAUCAUGUUAGAUGUCAAGGACAGUAAAAAAGAGACUAGCAACAUCUUUGUUAAAUGUGAUAUAGAUUACAUGACUACAAAUAAAAGAAUUUGCAAUACAGUACAUGUACAAGGCCUUUCACUAUAUUCAUCAGAAGCAUAGGCACUUUCAAAAGAAAAUUAAGAAUGCCUUGAAUAGAUGACUACAUGGGCUGAUGUUUAUGACUGUGGAGUGUUGAGCAGGGUCAUAUUACGCAAAUGCUGACUUUUCUGGAAAAUAAGAUAAAAUCUCAAUGAUCUAGAUGGUUUGGGCAUGAGAUGAGAAUGUAAUGCAUUUAAUAGAGGAAAAAAUAGUAGAACAAAAACCUGUAGAAAAGCCUAGAUAAUCAGGGAUAAAAGUUAUAUAUAAAAGAUAUAGACCAGAUAGGAAAUAGGGAAUCAAUUGCACAAGAUAGAAGGGAAAAUGCAAAGUAAGAAUGAAUGUGGUUAUGAUGAUAAUGCUUGUACUUUCUUUAAAUCAAAUGACUACACAGUUCUGAAAUACCAAAAUAAUACCACCAGUCACAAUCCAAAUUUCAUCAUACAAGAUGUUGAGAACAUGCAUUUGACAUAUAUAAUUCAGAAUUAAAUUAUUUUUAGUAUUGAACAGAAAGUAAGGAUGGUAUAAGAACCCAUGUUCAGAAUUUUAAUCCAGUGAAAGUUAUGGGACAGAUUAAUAGUAGCAUAAGAAUUUUUCAUGUAAAUAUUCUUUAAGAUAAUAAAAUGACAUGAGUCAAAGGAUGAAAUUUCAACCUAUGAUUAAAAUUAACCCCUAAUGGACGGAUUGAUCCUCGGGAGUGGUAAUAAGAGGUUUCGGGGUGGUGGUAGGAUUGACCCUGUAGAUAAACUAUUACGCUCCAUCGAUUUGGAAAGAAUUGGGCGGGAAAGAGGUGCCAAUACUUUUAUAGCCCAUAAAUUCACUAAUGGCAACUUUUACACUGGCUAAAACCACGAGUUGGGCAUCUCAGAACUUCAGUUCUGCUUAUAAUUUCAAGGGGCAAUGUAUUAGGUCUCUCACAUGACAUCUUUUUGUAAAUUUGCUCAUAAAUAUACCAAAGGGUUGCUGUUGAUUUUUGUUAUCUUUUACGAGAGUAUGUCGGUUGUAAAUGUAAUUUUGCAAAGGAAAGUGAAAAGAAAUAUUAGAAAAAAACAUGUAAAAGUAAAAAUAGUUACUGAAUCUUCGUUCUCGGUAAAUUUACGUAAAUAUUUUUCAACUAAUAUGCUAAGAAUUUUUUACUGAUUUUAUUUCUUAUCUUUUGAUAUUGUGUGAGCAGUAAUUAUAAUUUUACAAAAUAAAAUAAAAUUAUUUAUUAGAAAAACAUACGUAUAUAAGUUGGUAAAAUUUAUGAUUUCUUGUAAAAGAGGCCCCACAAGGGGUUGUAAAUUGUCAUUUUCAACUUAUCAUGGCAGUGGAAGGUAGGGAAAAGUUUUUAGAAUUUUUUCCUUUCACCAUGUACAUUCUUCCUCUUUUCAUUGAUAUGGUUUUUUUUAGUAAAUUGGGCGACCUCAAAGUUUACCCGGCCUGAGGGGCUGCAUGUCACUUUAUUUACCCAUCCAGUAUGGGUUAAACCGUUGGAAUUGUACAAAGUAAGUUAAAAAUGUAAGAGAAAUUUAGCAGGACAUCCAACCUUGUUUUGACAGAAAAAUAAUCACGACAUACUGACAAACCAAAUAUGUUUAUGUGCCUGUUGACUAAAAUUCUUCUUUCCCACUGUUAUCCUUAUAUUAAGGGGUCGGUUCCCUGAUGCGCCUUCUCCACUGCCUUCUGUCAAAGACAUCAUCCUCCACCAAACCUCUUCUCUCCCCAUAUCUUCCUUUACUUUAUCUUGCCAUGAUUCUCUGUCUUCCUUCGAUCCUCUUCCUCUAAAAGGUUCUUCCCAAGCCUUCUUUACUCCCUCCUCAUCAUCCAUCCUUAACACAUGCCCAUACCAUCUCAAUCAUGACUCUUAUCACUUCUGAAAUCUUUACUAAGCCUGCCCUUCUUAUUUCAUCAUUUUCCAAUCUCAAUCAGCGAUAUUCCCAUAAUCCACUUGGGCAUUCACAUCUCUGAUCUCUCAAGCUUUACUACCUCUUUUCUUCUUAGAGCCCAUAUUUCCAAUCUAUACAUUAACAAUGGUCUUAUCACUGUGCUUUAGAUCUUGACUUUUAGCUUGAUUGGCAUUUUCUUAUCACUUACUACUCCAAUUACAUCUCUCCACUUCCCCCACGCUGCUUUUAUCCUACUGUCAACUUCAGCCUCCCAUCCUCCCUCUUGGCUUAAAGUAGAUCCUAAGUACUAUUUAAACUUUUCUGCCUGUUUUAUAAUUGAGCCUCUUCUUUCUUGUAUUACUAUUCUGUCUCUUAUCUUCUCUGCUGCUCACCAAAACCUCUCUUUUAUUCACAUUCACCUUUAAGCUACCAAAGCUUUAAGUUUGUACGGUGAAAUUACUGGUUAUGUCAUCUUUGUUCGUCCAUGAGGUCUAAUAUUGUACUGAUCUAUUAAUUAAAGACUUGAUACAUGGUUAUUUCACUCAUUUGUUUUUCUUUUAAUGUUUAAGAAUUUUAGGAUUUUCCUUCAGAAAAAAACAAAGUCUGUACUAUCUCCCCUCUUUUGUUGUGAUUGUGUAAAUACUGGACAAAAUGAUUAAUCACAGCCUAACAUGAUAUAUACCAAUGACUAAAAUUGUACCUCUUCAUUGUUUUGUUUUCAAAACAACAUAUCUACUAUAUAUUCAUUGUCCCACUUUGAACAUAAACAGAUAAUUAUUUGAUAAUGUUUGAUGGUAUGUAAUUCUGAAAAGUCACAAAAUAAUGAGUUUUUGGACACUUGCUCACAGACAUAGAAAAAGAAACCUCUUAAUCAAAUACACUAUCCAAUACGUAAUACUGUAUAGAUAAUGGUAGAUGCAUACAAGCUAGAAAAUGGAGUCCCUUAAGGUAGUUUUCUUAGCACUUACACACAUACAGCAUCAGACCUACCAAAAGGUUAAAUGCAGAGAUGCUCUAAAGAUCAUGAAACUAUGCUGUGAACUUACUGGCACAGAUAAAUCAAGCCACUUUAUGAUCAGUAAUAGACAAUGGCACUCAUAUAUAUAUUACAGUAUAUACAUAUGGAUCAGAAUCCAGAUGAAGGUAAAAAGAUAGGAUUCAUAAUGAAGGUCUGAAAAUCUGUCCUCUUAAAAAGUCAUCCCAAAUAUCCUGAAUGCUGGUAGGGUGAGGCACUGUGCUCAGCUCCUACUUUUGCUUCAUCGUGGCCUGGUAACUGUUGAAUGCAAUAAAAUUACAAGCAAUAUUCCUACAUGAGAAAUUUUCACAAGUAACCAUACUCAUUUCAUAUGGAUUAAAAUUCUUUUAGCCAUAAUCUUGAUGUUGAUUAAAAUUCUUUUAGUUUCUUUAGUGAGUACUAGAACUCUCCUUCUUAGACUUUUCAAAAGGUUAAAACCUGUAUCAAUUGAAGAACUCUUUGCUAAACCAUUAUACCAUGAAAAUUUUAAUUUUCAAUGAGAAUAUGAAUGCCAGAGAAACCUUUGGAAAUUGUCCUGAAAAUUCUUUUUUGUUGUACAACAAAUUGAUGUUCAAAUAUGUUGAUCCUUGGUCAUGUGGACACUAAGGAAAAUGAAGAUGCCAGUAAAUUAAUCAAAGUUCAGUUGUCAUCAAAUGUAGCCAUUUCUGUCAGUGGUUGUUUAACAUCUGUAAAACUGUCUACAUUAAAUGAUAGUUUUUAGAUAAUAAUGAAUUUCCUCUGUACAGUCAUCUAAACAAAUCAAACCAAUUGCCAAAGUAUGUACUGAAAAGAGUGUCCCAAUGAAGGAAUUUUAGUUCAUCUUUUAUUUAAUCAGGUUUUUUACCUGUGGAUAUAUGAUGAUUAUUCCACCUGACUUUGUGGGCAGAAAAUGAAGACCACCAAUAUCAUCAUCUUUGUGAAUGUUCAUAGUGCAACUAACAUUCAAAAUCAAGUUAAGAAAACAAAUCAGUGAAGGAAUUCUUUUCAGAAUCUUCAUUUUCAGUAUAUACAAACAUAAAUUAAUUAAAGAACUGUGUAUGUAAUUAUAUGAAGUAUAAAUUUUUAAUUUGAAGGGCAACUCUGUCAGGCCCAUUAGAUUUUAAGUUUGAACUGUUGACCUAGUUAGAUUUUUCCUUGUAACUUUAAAGUCCUUAAUUUUCCUACAUUUCCUUAUAGCAAAGCUGUGUGGAGAUGGUUGUCUGUCGGCUAGUAUUUCAGAUUUGAUUUUUUAGUUUAGUUAAGGUGCUACAUCAAUUUUACCCUCCUAUAGCUUGGAAGAGGUCAUGAAUAAAGAGGAAGAUACCCCUUACUUUAGUUGCUCUUGUAUCUUUAUGGUAAAAGGAGUACCUCAUCAAUUUGAGAGGUCAUCAGAGUGUUUGGAUUACAAAUAAAAUUUCACCAAAAUUAGCUUCUGAAAGUUGAGAGUACAUGUAAAUUUUCUUGUUUUAGCAGAAUAUGUCAUUUGCUCAGGUAAUAGUAGCCUAUGCUGGAACGUGUAACUUUUGCUUGUAUAUGUGAUUUCUCAUGCAGCUUUAUGGUCUUUCUCAGUGAUUUUUCAUUCUUGUUGUUCACCUUUACUGUCCAAAAAUGGAACAGUAAAAUGUUUUUAGGUUGAUAAAUUAACCAGUUUUUCUUUCAUUUUAUUCUCCAUUGAAAUAUGUGUAAUGUAGUGCAAUUAUGGGUACAUAAUUUAUUAUAGACAUGCCUCAUUAUGAUGGUUAACAUAGUUUCCUCAACUGAGUAUAAGUUUAGCAUACCAAAAUGAUUGUUGUUUUGUUGCUCCUAGAAGCGUCACUAGGUAUGGUGUACGGUCUCUGAUCAGCUAUCACCUCGUAUGCGCAGUAGUUGCCAGGUCUCACAGAUUCCUUACUUUACAAUCUGAUUGUUUUAACCAGUUACCAGCUGGCACUUGGAAAGUUAUCCUAUUGUUAAGACUGAAGAUUUGUUAGCUAUGAAAAAUAAAAAUUUAUUAAAAAUUUGUCAUUUUAUAAGUGUGGUUUAGUAUGUGGCUGAGUUAUUCAUCACACUGAAUGGCUGUUGGGAUCCUCUGUAAGACUGUGAGAAUGAAUAUAUUUUAAUAUUUGGAAAUUUUUUUAUAGCUCAUGAAAUGCUGUUCAGACUAUUGUUUUACAAGGAUUCAUGUCUCUGAAACCCUCAUUAGCAGUUCAGACAGGUAAAUUAAUUACUGAAUGUGAACCAGAAGAGUUGGAAGACCAAGACUCGCCGGCUUGUAUCUGAAUGGAUACUUAGGCAGAAGGCUGGAAAUUUGUGAAAGUGAAAGCACAGGAAAGAUUGGGAAAUUUCAUUGAGAUCCUUUGUAUCACAUAUUAUUGGAGGUGAUGACGAUGAUGAAUGAUCCCUAUAAAGUACUGACAACUAGAAAUUUAAAUCCUCCAAGAAAAGUAUUAGAAUAUCCUGUUUUCACAGCAUAGAUAUUUUAUUAAAUUGGAAUUAUUUGUGGCAACUGCAAUUAUGUUGAAAGUAUCGUUGUGAUUAGAUGUAAUAUAUGUUAAUUUUUACUUUCCUGUACUUUUCACAGUGUAGACAGAUAUUUUAGUUUUAUACUGGAAUUAUUGAUGUCAACUGCUGUUAAUUUGAAACUGUUAUCAGACUAAAUUAGAUGCAUUCAUCCUCAUAUGUUAAUCUUUAUUUUGAAUGAAAAAUCCAUUUUGCUGCAUCCUUUGCCCAGUCUUCUCUUAUCUACGUAGUUGCAAUAGCUCUCUCUCUCUCUCUCUCUCUCUCUCUCUCUCUCUCUCUCUCUCUCUCUCUCUCAGGGAUCCUUUACUUUUCCAUGCUGGCAUUUUUUUUCUCUACCAAGAUCUUCUCAGGAAAUGUACUUUUUGUGUACAGUAUUUUGUUUAUUUGAUAAAUACUUGGAAAUUUGUAUGAGUAGAGACCUUUUUCUCCCAUAUUUGAUUGAUUGCAUGUGAUUCUCACUGUGUGCUUUAAUACUUAGAUUUUGCAGCUAUGUUCUUUUGUGUCUAGAUGAAGCUCAUGUUACUGUGUAAGUUUCUUUGACAUGUCAUCAUGGUUUAAUUGAAGAUCAAGUUUGUCAUCAUUGCUUUUUCACCAUUAGUGUAUUGUCAAGUUAGUUUUGUUUUGCUUUAGUUUUAAUGGUAGAGAACCAAGGGAAGUUUUAGCAGGGACUGCGGCCAUUAAAAAAUUAUUGCUGCAUACUUUUCUGUGAUGUUGCUGGAAGGUGGAAAGCCCUGGCAUGUUCACAAUAAGAUUUUUCCUCUGUUCAGGUGAUGUGACUGGUACAUGACUUUGUUUCUGUUGUCACAUCUAUCAAACUUCAAAAAAUAGUACUUCAGUGGUAUUGUGGCUGGUACUUUAUAUUUUUUAUAUUUUUCUGUUUCUUAAUUUAUAAUGUAGUUCUGUUUUCAUUUUCUUAAUUAAUUUAGUUCCAAGAGUUUUCCUUGCAUUAACACAGGUCAUGAAGAAUGACUUCAAGCUCUUAUUUUUUUUUUAGGAAAUUUUGUGUAUAAUUACAAUGUAGAUGACAUGUCAAGUUACUUUGUUUUGGGGGUAUUUAUUUUUGUUAGGUUCAGUGGCUUAUUGUCUUAUAUAGUUUUAGGUUUCUGUUGCAUGAUUUACAAAUUUUAUCUACAUGUUAAUUUUGUAUCAUUAAGAUUUUAUCGCAAUGACUGUAUAUUUUGGUAGCUGUCAGUACAGGGGAACUUCAGCUUCUUUUAUCACUGUACAUUCAGCAGUGCUUCAUGAUGGUGAAGUUAAGAUGUGUCCAUUAGGAAAGGCAAAGAAUAGAUUAGCUGUGGAAGCCAAUUGAAUGGAAAGAGAAGAGCUUACUGGUAAAUAUGUACAGUAUAAACUGGUGUUGAGCCUAAUGAUUAGGAAUUGAAGAAUAAUGCACAUUGAAAACAUUGUUUAUUCAGAUUUAAAGGCAGCAGGAAUGGGCUAGAUAUUUACCAUAAUUAUGCAAGCUUAAUUUGCAAAAUUUGUUUAUGUUGUAAGUAGUUUUUAGUUUUAUUCUUCAAGUAGUUAUGGUUUAAUAAGGCACGGUCUUGGUCCAUUAGUAAUUAAGGCAAUGCAGGAAAUUCCAUAUGGUGUUACACUUUAUCUGGAGAUGUCUAUUGUAUUUUUCAGCAUGUAAGGUACACUUAAAAAAUAAAAAAGGUUUAAGGAGGGUCCCUUUGC